UUCUGGGGCCGCGGGUGUUGGUGGAGCGGUCAUUCAGCACUGCUCACACUGACUUUGGCCCGUGAUUUUCCCUCCGUAUGAGAGCUGCACGUCUGCGGAGUUCAGGCAGUAAUUGAGUGCUCCUGGGAAUCUGAACAGCUCCAGGGGUGGAAAUGCAAAGUGAAGCUCGGCAGCAGCGCUGACCUUGUGCAGCACGUUUGCUUGAAGGCCAAAGUGGGGCCUCCGUGCCACUGCAGUGCUUUAUCUGGGGCGACAGAAUGGUGGAUGUGCAUUUUGCAGAAAUGCUGCGGGUUGAUAAGUCACUGCUGUCUGUAACACAUCCCCGAUGUCGAUUAGCAGUGGAGCUCCCUAUUAGUUGCCCUUUUCCCCUCUGCAUUGCUAUUGCUGCUCUUAGAGGGCAUCAGAGCUCUGCUGGAGCUGCACGAGGCUGCAGGAAACCUGCCCAGGUCUGCUCAGCCCCAGACCUUCCUGCCCUCUGGUUGCGCUUUUGUUUGUGUUGUUCACUCAACAGAACUGUUCGCUUUGGAUUUGUGGGAUAUAUACUAAAUAAACCUUCAGAGCUGAGGAGUUCAUGGUGUAAUUCAGUUAUCCUUGGGGGCAUUCUGAAAGGAUGAAGACUUCCUGAGCUGCCCUGCAAGGUGGAAAAUCAGGUUGGAAAACAGCAGUGUUUGGUAGCCAGAGGGGGAAGGCUCUUCAGAGCCUCUGAAGCGUGCAGACGGAGCUGAUGAGAGGGUCAGAAAGCAGAGAUCAGAGGAGGAUCAGAACACUGGAACAGAAGCAGGGUGUGAUUUGGUGCUGCCUUUCAGGUGAUGAUUCAGAGCACGGAUUUGUGUUGUGAUGAAAACACGCAGCCUGCAGGCUGAGGUUGGUCCGAGCGCCGUCCUCACCUCCCAUGGGAGCAGGGCUGGCUCUGCUCCUCACAACUUGUUGGCACAGAGCUGUGAGGGGACGGCUGUGGGCAGCCCCAAGCGAUGCAGUGCAACUCCGGGCAGACAGGGAGCUUAGGUGGGGAUUAUUUCUUCUUAAAGGAAGAGCCUUUCUGUUAUAUCCAGGCUGCUUCUCAGAAAUUCCCUCUCCCAGUUCUCAGGACCCUGGGGAAGCACUGAUAAGGAGGACUGGCUCAACUGGUUUGCAGCUCUGCAGAGAUCUCAUGGACUUGUUUACUCUGGAAAACACUCUUAGAUGAGCAAAGACUUCCCCAGCCGAAGUGGUGCAGAGGCUCCUGAUCCAGCCCAGCAGGAGCUCGGUGCAGGUGGGGGAUGUGGGCCGGCCGGUGCUCUGUGUGAGCAGCCAGGAGCUGCCAACCCCUUCAGGUUCUUUAUCCCAGCAGCACAACAUGCCGCCAUCCCUCCUGCCGAGGCACGGCCCCAAGGAAGGCUCUGACCACCUCCUGGAGGGCAGCACAGGCUGCCAUGAAGGCGACCCACUCCCCCUACCAGGGACUGAUGGGGAGGAGGAGAAACCCCCCCUGACUGCCUGCGAGGCUCACCUCCAGCUGCCCGACUUCUGCUGCAGCCUUUCCCAGGACUUCAUCCCCACCUUGGAGGAGAUCGAGGAGUUCCUGAGGGAGAAGGCUGAGUUCCUGAAGGAUGGAGUGAGCGAGCAGCACGUGGCUGGAGUUGAAUCUGAAACCGGUUCGGGUGGCUCUGAGGGACAUCCACUUCAAGAAGAUGGCUCAGAUGGUUCCCAGCCUGGAGGGACAGCUGAUGGGAGCAACCAGGCAGCGGCUGACGGAGACGUUCCCGUUGUCCUCCAUAUCCAGCCUUUCCAACUUGAUAACAGCAGCCUGCUGGCACAGCCUGCUGUCAGAGUGACCCAACUGGUCAUCAGCUUACAGGGACAAAACCUAUCCCUCCUACCUCAGCUCCAGCACCCCGUCACCCUCGUGGACCAAAAGUACAUCAAGAUCGCCCCACUGCCCAACGCCAUGGGAGCGAGGAUGCUGGGGGGUGUGCAGGAUCAGGAAGCAGCCCCUGUGUGUCCAAAAGCCCCCACACGUGUCCACAAGUGCCCACAGCUGGGCUGCAGCAAGGCGUACACCAAAAGCUCCCACCUGAAGGCCCACAUCCGCCGGCACACCGGGGAGAAACCCUACAGCUGUGCCUGGCCCGACUGCGGCUGGCGGUUCUCCCGCUCAGAUGAACUCUCCCGACACAAGCGCUCUCACUCCGGUGUCAAACCGUACCAAUGUGCCGCCUGCCAGAAGCGUUUUGCCCGCAGUGACCACCUGGCCAAGCACGUGAGGAUCCACAGGGACCAACUGGGCAGCACUGGGAUGUAGGGCUGACCCGGUGAGGAGCAGCACUCCUGGUGGUAAUGAAAGGAGUGCCGAAGAGGAGAAGUGACUUUGUUGUAGCAAACGGUGUGUGUUGGAGCUUUCCUCAAGGACGGGUUGAGUUCAGGGUUUGUUGCUUUGAAAUCCACGUGGUGGAAAUCUAUCAGAGUCCUUGGGCAGUGUGACUUUGCUGCGGUGUGAGGAGGGACGUGCGUGGUGUCAGGAGGGGAUCAGGAGGGAUGUAAUAAGCAGCAGCACCAGCAGCAAAGCCCUUUUUUUCACGUGCUGAAGGAACCUCUGUGUGCAGAGACACCGAUGCAUGUGGAUGCAGGAGAGCUGCAUGCAUUGGCUGGGGGGAGCGCUGCAACGUGCAGCUUGCUGACGUCCUCUUUGUAUUUAACUUCUGGUUAAUUAAAGGCCAAUUCUUUGUACCGUGCCAGCUUGCCAAGCUUUUGCAAACAUCUGGGAGGGAAUUAGGUGCUUGUACAAACAAAGAACGAACGUCAGGAGUUCCAGCUAGGCGCUGUGUCCCUCCUACGUGGCUUUGCCUGCGUGUCUCAGGCUGAUGUUUGGUGCCUGCAGGCUCUUUGCGACUCAAUGUUUGUGCCAUUAUUCCAGUGUGCUUCCAGGGUAGGACUUUGUGUCCUUGUGUUGAGCUGCUGCUUUGGUGGGGAGAGUUGGGAUGUACCCAGAAGAAGGGUGGGGAAGUGGACCAAACCCUGUUCCUCCACCUAAAGCUGAGCCGAAACUCCUUGAUUUAUUCCUCACCUACAAUGUUUGGGGUUACAAGCAAUAAAAAGAAGGGUCUGCUUC